UUCAACGAUUUAUUGUGUGAAAAGUUCUAAAGGUACCCUGGCAUCCAUGGCUUCAAGGCUUAUGGAUGCGGUUGCGUAUGAAAGCUGUGGUGGAGGGCCUAAUGGUUUAAAGCAUGUUAAGGUUCCAAUCCCCAGUCCUAAGAAAGAUGAGGUUUUGCUGAAACUGGAAGCGGCUAGCCUGAAUGCAUCUGACUGGAAAAUUCAGAAAGGCGUGUUUCGACCUCUUUUGCCACGAAAAUUCCCUUUCAUACCUGCUGUUGAUGUGGCUGGAGAGGUUGUAGAGGUCGGACAAGGAGUUGAAAAAUUUAAAGAGGGCGACAAAGUUGUGGCAAUGCUCAACUUUGUAAAUGGAGGUGGAUUAGCUGAGUUUUCCAUAGCUAGUGAGACAUUUAUAACUUCUGCUAGGCCCCCAGAAGUUUCAGCAGCUGAAGGUGCAGGCUUGCCUAGUUCCGGCCUCACAGCUCACCAGGCUCUCACCAAAGCUGCAGGGAUCAAGCUUGAUGGAACUGGCCAGCUCAAGAACAUACUGAUCACCGGCGCCUCUGGUGGCGUCGGGCACUAUGUAGUCCAGCUAGCCAAGCUUGGAAACACUCAUGUUACCGCCACUUGCGGUGCUCGUAACGUUGACAUUGUCAAGAGCCUAGGGGCAGAUGAGGUUCUUGACUACAAGACCCCUGAUGGGGCUGCUCUCAAGAGCCCAUCCGGUCGAAAAUAUGAUGUUGUGAUCCACUGUGCAUCAGCAGGCAUUCCUUGGUCGACUUUCGAGCCGAAUUUGAGUGCAACUGGGAAGGUUAUAGACCUUACUUCCAGGCCAAGUACCUGGAUCACUAUUGUUCUACAGAGACUCAGCUUCUCCAGGAAACAGCUGGUGCCAUUGAUCAUAAAUCCCGAAGGUGAGAAUCUGGACUAUCUUGUUGAGUUGAUGAAGGACGGAAAGCUCAGGACUUUGGUUGACUCAAAGCACCAUCUGAGCAAGGCUGAAGAUGCUUGGGCUAGGAAAACUGAUGGCUAUGCUGUUGGGAAGAUCAUUGUGGAGACUUAGAGUUAAGAGUAAAAAUAUUGGGAUUUUAUAAACUCAGUUCUUUCUACAAAUCCAGGCUCAUUUUGCUCUUUCUAAUCAGCAGCUCCCUUAUUAACCCCGGAAAAUCUUUAAGGAUGACAACAACAAUGUGCAUUUGUCUGAGGUCUAUUUAGAACCUCACUAACUGCAAUGAGAGAUCUAAUAGAAGCCAUCUCUAUCUAUCAUUAAAACAAUCGACUGCACAAGGAAAACAUUUCGAGUAUUGCUGCAGUAAACUUGCAAUUCAGUUCAGAGGGUCCCCUGAAAUCCAACAGAGACUCCAAUGGAGCUCAAGACAAAAUACAAAAGAAUGUGCCUUACCUCAUGAUGCCCUGAAACUGCGGCCCUACAAAGAAUUGAUCAAAAUGGCCAAAGUCCUAAGAAAGCUGAAGCUAGCCAAAUUUGAGUGCAAAUGGGAAGGUUACAGACCUUACUUCCGGCCCAAGUACCUUGAUCACUUGUGUUCUGCAGAGACUCAGCUUCCAGGAAAGAGCUGGUGCGAUUGAUCAUAAAUCCCAAAAGGUGAGAAUCUGGACUAUCUUGUUAAGUUGAUGAAGGAAAGCUCAGGACUCUGGUUGACUUAAGGCAUCAUCUGAGCAAGGCUGAAGAUGCUUGGGCUAGGAAUGGAUAUUGGACAAAAUGUAUUUUGGGAUUUUAUAAACUUCAUGUGCAAUAGAAGAAUACUGUAUUAGCGAUGUGUGGUUAUAUUUUGACAGUAAAUCAGAUGUGUGAGGCAACUCUUAUCUUGAGUGCACAAUUUGAACUUGUGGAAUUGAUGCUUACAAGUUACAGCAUGCAAUGCAAUAAUAUUUGAUGAAAUCUUGACUCUGCAAGUAACUUGCAAAUAGGUCAAGAUUGCUUUCUCCAAAA